GAUUCAACUAUAUGAUCGUUUUUUCCAACGGAUAUUUUGCCAUAUUAGAUUGCACGUACUCUGUAUUGGUUUGUUUUCGCGUUUAUAAGUGAACACCCUUUCUUAUCUAGAAGGAGAAACACACACGUUCAAGUAUUAAGUCAUUCACGUGUAGUAUAAUGAUGUGAUUUGCUCUGAUAUCGAGGUUGAAAACAUAAUGGCGACUGCUCUCGACUAUUCUGAGUCAUUGAACACGGAAAAAGAAAAGAGCAAGGAACUUAAACGUUUGGAAAAAGAAAAGAGCCAGGAACGUAGACGUAUGGAAAAAGAAAAUAGUCAAGAACUUAAACGUUUGGCCGAUAAACUCGACUCGAAGUUAUCCGAAGCCGUUCAACAGACGCUGGCAAUAGGGCCACUACACUCAACUUUGCUCGAGCAAUUAACUAAAGUUAAAAUAGUAUUAGUCGGAAGUUCACAAGAUGGGUCGAAGGUAAACACCCCUUAUGACGCUGGUGACGUUGAUAUUAUUCUUAUUGCAACGGACAAGCUUUUAUCGGAACCACUGUUUCGGUAUGUCAAGGAUCAUCCGGCAUCCCUUUGGGUACCUGCAAAGAACAAAGAACAUGCCCAGUAUUUUAUAGAUGUAACUUUGAUUGAAGGUCAGUAUGUCCCAGUGUCUGUGCUAAGGCACAUUAAAAAGGACUUCGAGGAAAAACUAAAAGCCGACAUCAAUAGGAAAGUUCAACACGGAAUAUACAUUUCUGAGGAUAGAAUCAAUACUAUUCAGCGAUCGAAAGUAGGGUAUACUUAUGAAUCAAUGCCAACUGGAGAAGACAAAGAAGACACAGACGAAAAAGAUGCUGUAUUCGAAAAGUUUCUCUCCGCAGACAUUGUUCCUGCUUUUUCUUUCAAAGGAUGGCCAUUUACAGCAGAAGAAUGGACCAAAAGGAAAAGAGAAUGGCCAUCUGAGGAGGUAGUUAAGAAGGUUAUUGAUGAGGGCUGUCAGAUUAUUGCUAAGCGGCCCUUAGACACAGGAUUAUAUGCAAGUAUUCCUGAGUUUAUUGAACGACAUACUGAUAGCAAUCAGAAAGUCGACAAUGUUAUUGAUACACAAACAGAUGAGAAUGAUUCAGACCAGCAAAGAUAUGUUAAUAACGCAGAUAAAGAUGGAGGACAUUCAGAUGAAGAAAAUGUAAAUGAUGGAUAUUUUCGUCUUUCAUUUUCUCAAUGUGAGCGUAUCCUUGUCGAAAGCCUGUCGGAGCUGCAAGUUUUAUGUUGGCGUGUGUUAAAAGCCUACCAGAAAGCUUAUUUUGAAACUCAGCCGCAAGUUUUGAAAUCUUAUCACUGGAAAACUGUAGUCUUCUGGUUCGUAGAAGAGACCAAACCAACCUUCUGGAAAGAAGAAAAUUUCAUGAAUGCUGUUUUAAAAAUGCUUGAGAAGAUGAUCGAUUGCCUCGAGAAACGCUUCCUCCCUCUAUAUUUCGUGCGAAUGCAAAACUUAAUCACGACGACAAGCGAAUAUGCGAUUAAGAAAACAAUCAAAACGAUUCAACAAAUUCUAGAAAAGCCCAUUGAAAGUCUCCGCCAGUUUCUUGAAAACCCUCCAAAACCAAUCACUAUGAUGCCGGAACCACAACGUGCAAAUCUUCUGGAAAAAUCAAAGCCAGUGACACCUCUAGAUUUUGUGAAUGAAAUCUUAAAUGACGCACGCUUGUUCAGUGGGAACACAGAGGAAGUUAUUGAUCUUUUAAAAAGUGACGCACAAUUGUUAAGCAGAUACAAACAGGUCGUUAGUAAUCUUUUACAAGACACUUUGUCACAAGCCACCACCAGAGGACCUAUCCAAAUCGGACAAGAAAACCCGCCAGUGGCGAAUUGUGCGAUAGAGAGCCGUGUAUCUCCUGCAGAGAAACAUUGUGAGCAUAUGGAAGACGACGUGAAAAGAACAGUUGAUGACACCUUGCACCAACUGAAAAGGUCAUCAACAUGCUUGUUAAGUAAGCCACAACAGGACAUUAUUGAUCUUUUAAAGGAGACUUUGGCAAAAGCCAACAACAGAGGACCUAUCAAAAUCGAACAUGAAAACCCAUCAGCGAAAACAUCUGCGACAGAAAUUCCAGAGAGCCAGAAAUCUUCUCAAGAGACACAACGUAAGCCAGUGGAGUUCGACGUGAAAAACACUUUUGGCGAUGCCUUGUACAAACUGACAAGGUUAUCAAAUUCAGAAGAAAAGUGUCAUGUAUACCAAUUUAACAAUGUUAUAUCGGAAAGCGAAAUUCCAAUCCUGGAAUCCUUACUGCAGUUGGCAGGGGAGAGUGUAAAGAUGCUGCUCGGAGGAGAGGAAGGUGCAGCUGAUCCAGCGUUUGGUAGGACUCUUGUAAGAUUGAUGAUAAAGAACCAAAAACCUGAAGCAUGCGAGCCGAAUGAUGCACACAUUCCGUUCGAACUUGGGGACAUAAAGACCAAUAUGAAAAAAGCAAAAGAGGACUAUAUGAAAAAGAAAACACUAAUUAAAGAAAAACAAUGCAACAACAAAAACAACACAAUACAGGAUAACGAGAUACCAACCAUAGAAAGUAUACUCCAGUCGGCAUGCAAGAGUUUGAAGAUGCCAGAUGGAGGAGAGACAAGAGCAGCUGACCAAGAGUUUGCUCAAAAACUUGUCGAAUCGAUGAAACAGAAUCAAAAUACUGAUGGGAACAUGAUUGAUGAUAUGGAAGGGUUAAUGGCGGAGUGUAUGGAUAUAUGAAAACGAUACUAAAAGAGAAGCCAGAGGGUUCAGUAGCAUAUUGGUACUGCGAUUCAAAAUCUCAUGACUGCCUGAAACUAAGAGAGGUUGCAACGCUGGACGCUACAGUAAUAAUGGAUUAUAAACAAUGCUAAUAGACCGUAUCUGCAAAAGCAUCAUACUGUACACAACUGAUUUUUUUAUGUGAUAUAAACCGAGUGCGGUUUUAUGCACGUAGGUGCGACAGCUUAAUAAAGUUAGGGCAGCUAAUAGCGACGUGUUUAACAUGGUCUCCAUCAAACUGUUUAAUUAUUUUAAACAUGAACAUAUUCUUUUGUUUGAUUAAUCAAAAUCAUUUUGACGAGCUUACGUGAAGGUUACUGUUUAGUGACCAUUAUCUACAAAAUGUGUUAAAUGUGUAUUUUAUUUUAUUUAACUGACACUCAUUAUAGAAUAAUAAACGGAUGUAAUGCAUAACACAACAUAAACCACUGAACCCAGAACACGUGAGGAAUACUGCGGGGUAUAUAAUUUUCUCAGACUGGAAAUGCAUUUAUAGUGACACUGAGAUUCGAAUGGUAAUUUUUUUGUAAUUAAUGCCAUCGGACUUUUUAACCAAGUCUCACGGCGACUGAUUUUUUAAUGAUAUAAAUUUAAUGUAGUACAGGUCAAUUUGUUAUCUCCCUUUUCAUAUAACAUAUAUUUACUUCUUGUGUGUAUUUCGUCCUCUCGGCAGUGUUCGUUUACCCAUGAAAGCUCGUGCUAUGUGGUCAUGUCCAAUCGUUAUUUAGAAUUGAUCUGUUGCAAGAUUUUCAUUGGUCAUUCAAAUGUACCUGUUGAUUUCAUUAUGAAAUAACUGACCACGCAGGCAUUUGCCAAGACCGUCUAGUGGACGCAAGUCCAUAGUCGUUGUUUUAUUCCAACCUGGUCUUUUCCGUUAUGGCUAUAUUGGUCAGCGUCAAUAAAUACAAUUAAACCUCCACGGCUUUGAUUGAAUGGUGUACCCCCAAUCUCCACACCCACUACAAAUGGCGCCCAACGUGGGGCAGACGUGCGACGGAAGGACCAGGUUGGCGGCUGGACCAGGUUCCCGGAGGGCGGCGAGGUUGGUACCACGUUCGUUGAGGACGGGCCCACGCUGUCGGAGCGGUGCUGGAUUCGGGAGCACGACAACCCCAAAGAAGCGCGUUGACUUUCGUCCAGCUCCUAGGACCGUUUCGCAGGACCCGCAGUACUUUCGAAAGGACAGCUGGAUUGUGUAUUAAUUAUGCACUUUCUCGUAAGAGAAAUCCGCGUGUUGUUCAGUGUUUAUGUGAAGUUUUGUUUACACCACGUGACUUUUGUACUUUUUAAUUGUGAAUGUCGUCACUAGAACUUUCUGUAACUGUUCGUUGUUUUCAAUAUUUAUGGCGCACUUCUUAUUACGUGUGCGUAUGUGCACAAAAAUAGUUCCUUUGCUAUCAAAUGUAAACAUUACGUAUGCAAACACGUCUUGUAUUUCAGUUCGGUGUUAUUGCAGUCUUUGAAAAUAUUGUAUUAAUUUUAAACAUGAUAAUUUUCUGUAAGUAUUUAAGAAACGUUUGUAGCGAAGUUCAAUUUUGUAAAUAAUUUUCAGUUCACGGUUAAUAAUAGUUAUGUUAUAUGUUUUCGUGACCGCUAGAUUUCAUUCUUUUGCCUUAUGGUUAAAUUACAAAUUAGAAUCCACGUGAUGUAGUUAAUUUGUGGUAUUGACUUCUUUUAUUUUCUUUAAAAAGUAGUAAAAUUAUAAAUAUGUUUAGUGUUGUAAUAAUUUGACAAUUAUAAAGUUUUUGCAGAAAUUAUUUUUUUUAUAAUUUGUUUCAUGGCCGAAUUCACUUUUAGAGAAAUGUAAAUAUAAAGGGGAAAGUUAGGAGAAAAUAUAUAUUAUCUCUUAACGUAAACCCCCACAAGGAUACACUGUUGUCAGUCAGUGAGAAAUAAAAACACUGAAAUAAAGUUAGCCUGUGUAUAAGUAUUUGCCACUGAAUAUUUUACUAUCAAUGUAGGCAGUCGAUAUAUUUUACAUGUGUCGCAAUAUCUCUUUUAUGUCAUUAUAACAUCCAAUUUCAGGAAAACGUAUUCCUAAAAGCAUUCUCCAGUGUUUAAAAGCCACACAAUGUGGCACAGUAACGGAAUGAUAUGUCUUUAAGAAUUUAUAACACCCAUAACGGUUUGAUAAAAAUCCGGCUUGAUUCCAUAUAAUUGGUGUCAUUAUAUUGUUUGUCUAGAAGAACAUGUAUUAUAAAAACGUCAUUAUGUAUGCUUGUUUAUUAAUGCUAAUACAUGAUUUUGAAUUAAA